GCGCCUUCCUUGGUUGGUUCCUCUCUCACUCUGCAUCCCCCACUCCGCCGCCGUCGUUGCCGCCAUGGGCCGAGGCCGCAACCGUAAGCCCCGCAACUUCGCCACGUUCCGCCUCUGCCCGCGCCCCGGCGCCGCCGACGCCUCCGACCGCGUCUUCGUCCGCGUCGACGACAACCCCUACUCCGUCCCCGGCUUCACCGACGACGGCGGCGGCCCCUCGUCCUCCACCGCCGUUGGAGGCGACGAUGAGCCCUCGUCCUCCUCGGCCGACGACGGCGGGGGCGCCCUCCCCGAGCACGUCCGCCACGAGAUCCUGGAGCUCGGCCUCCCCGACGACGGGUACGACUACCUCGCCCACCUCCGCGAGCUCCGCCCCUCCCUCUCCUCCACCGGCGGCGGUGGCUCCUCCGCCGUGUUCCUCCCCAGCCGCCGCCGCCCCACGCGCUCCGGCCCCCCCGUGGACGUCAAGGCGUACGACUUGAGUCGUGCUCCGCUUGGUUCCGGGGAGGUUGCGGUGGCGAUGAGGCGGGUCGAGGAGGCUAUCGACCUGGAUGUCGCGAAGCUGCUUGACGGGAGUGAUUUGCCGGCCGUUGAGUCCGGUGAUGAGGAUUUGGAGGAGGAUUUUGUUAUCCUUGCAAAUCAGUCAGAUGAGGAGCAGCAGAUUGAGGAGGAAGAGAAGAACAUUGGUGGGGGCAAGGAGAAGGCCCAGCAACAGCACCGUGAGCAGUUUGAUUCGCUUGCUUUGGAAGAAUCUGGUGGCGGUGAAGACGCUGUUAAGUAUUGUGCAACUACUGUUUCUAGAUCAUAUCUCAGUAUUCACCCUGGGAAAAUUCUAGUUCCAGAAAAUGCUAAAAAGAAACUUCCAAAAUUUUCUACUGGAGAAACAAGUAUGAAAAAGGCCAUCAUCAAAAAAGGAAUUGAGAACCUUCCUGCAGAGCACUUACCUCAAAGGAAAACUUGGAGUGAUGAAACUUCAAAUCAGGGACCCUACAAGGAACCAAAAGUGGAGGCUAAAGAAAGCUAGGCUGCGUUGAAAGAUCAAGGUGCAGAGCAAAGAAAUAAGAUGCCAAGGGCUUGUGUAUAUGAAGGCUCAGCAAGUUGCUGCUGUACCUGGACCAUAUUCUGUACGCCUUAUGUAUGUUCUGUAAUCUGAAUCUCUAUCUUGAACCAUGUACUUUCAAACUUCCAAGACAAGAUGGAACCAAAUGUUAUUUAUAGCUAGAUGUUGUGUCUCUAUACA